AUGAAAUUCUCUAAAAAGUCGGCCGAGCCGGCCGCGCCGGAAGAUCAGAUUCAUGAAUCGAGCGCCUCAGACAAUGACCAGGUUAAGACCGACGCCGACUUCCAAGAAGUUCCAGCCGGCGCCGUUGAAAAGGGCAACAUCUUCGAACAAGGCGGCAAGAACUACAGAACGCUUGGCCGCUGGGACACAAUCCUCAUCCUCUUCACAAAUCAGCUCGGUCUCGGUAUCCUAUCUCUUCCAUCCACCAUCAAGACCCUAGGCAUUGUUCCCGGAAUCAUCGCUAUCAUCGGUAUCGGCUUCCUCUCGUGGUAUUCCGCCUUUGAGCUCUUGCAGUUCUAUAGCAAGCACCCCAACGUUGUCAGUAUCGUCGAGAUGACCCGGAUCGUCGGAGGCCCUUGGUUCGAGUCUAUUGCUGGUGUUGUCAUGAUGAUCCAAGUUGUUUUCAUCGUUGCGUCGGCUGUCGUCACUCUAUCAGUCGCCCUCAACACGCUCAGCAACCACGGAACUUGCACAGUCGUCUUUAUUCUGGUUUCUUGCAUCGGCUGCUACAUCUUGUCUAUUCCUCGAACCAUGAAGUUCGUAUCCAAGGCCGGUAUCCCCAACGCCGUCAGCGUUGUCGGUGCUUGCAUGGUCGUCUUGAUCAGCCUGGCAGUCUCAGGCCCCAACAACAAGCCAGACGAUUGGUCCAGGGACAUUGUUAUUGUUGGCCACCCAUCCUUCCGUGAUGGUCUCAAUGCUUGCCUGCGAGUCGUCUUCUCAUAUGCUGGUACUUUCACCUUUGUCAGCUACAUGGCUGAGAUGAAGGAUCCUGCUCGCGACUUUGGCUUUUCCUUGGCUGUCUUGGAAAUUGGCAGCACUGUUUUCUACGUCAUCAUGGCAGUUGUCCUGUACUGCCUCAGCGCCGACCUCACCACGUCCCCGGUUCUCAGCGCCGCUGCGACUAUUCCGGCCAAGGUCGCUUAUGGAAUCGUGCUGCCAGCCGUCAUUGCUACCGCCCUCUCCAUCGGUCACACUGGUUGCAAGUAUCUCUAUGUUGCCGCACUCCGGAAGAUGAACGCUCUCAACCAAGUCACCGACAAUAGUGUGAAAUCAUGGACCACAUGGGUUAUCUCUGUCAGCGCGUUUUGGAUCCUCAUCUUUACCAUCUCAAACGUCAUUCCCAUCUUCGACUCCAUCCUCUCCAUCACCUCCGCCACAACUAUCCCAUGGUUCACAUAUGGCUUUGCAGCCAUUUUCUGGUUUUACAGUAACUGGGAUGUCAAGUUCUCCAACUGGAGAAAGAUUUCUCUCUCUAUCGUCAACGUCCUUAUCAUCUGCGCUACUUUCUUCCUCAAUGCAGGUGGACUGUGGGCAGCCAUCACAGAGUUGAUGGACCUGUUUGAUAAGGGAGACGGAAUUGGAGGAGUCUUUUCUUGCGGGAACAAUGCGAUUUUCUAG